UCGGACUAGCACGCAUCACGUGUGCAUUAAACGCCAAUCAAUUUUGCAAAAAGGAAUUUAUAUGAACUGUCUAGAAGAAGCUUCUGUUGGCUUGUUACUUGAACCUCACAGAAAACAACGAUUUCACAUAUUUUAUGCGUUUAAGAGGAUUGUUCUCCAAAGACUGAGCGGUUUACUGUGUUUGAUUGCCUAUGAUAUUGACAUCCAGCUGCCGACCGAACCAGCUAGACUGAAUUAUUCUGUAGUUAUUCUGUAGUGUGAUAGCCCAACGACUCUCCCGUUUGGAAUACGCACCAUUGGAACCUUCACUGUCAGGAAAAGUGGGGUGUUAGUCAAGCAGAGCUAGCAGACUUCAAGGGAACAUUCAAAGAACCAGACGAGGAUGGACACAUCAUCAAAGGGGAGAUGGACCCCAGAAGACAGCCCUUCCUCUCCCACAAAACAGAUCUCUAAUUGUUCCAGUCUUAAGAUGUUCCUUGCGGCCUUGUCUUUUGCCUACUUCUCCAAGGCUCUCUCUGGAAGCUAUAUGAAGAGCACCAUCACACAGCUGGAGAGGAGGUUUGAUAUUCCCAGCUACCUGAUAGGGGUAAUAGAUGGGAGCUUUGAAAUAGGUAACCUGCUGGUCAUAGCCUUUGUGAGUUACUUUGGCGCAAAGCUCCACAGGCCAAAGGUCAUCGCCAUAGGGUGUGUCCUCAUGUCUUUGGGGACUUUCCUAAUCGCCAUGCCUCAUUUUAUCAUUGGACGCUAUAAAUUCGAAACAUCAGUUAGAUCGUCAGUGAAUUCAACCAAUAACCUCUCUCCAUGUCCAGCAAGCUCACCUGAGUCUGGGCGAGCAGGUGACAUGCCCUCUAUACUGCCCGCUACAGGCUGCGAGAGGGAGUCCAGUGUAUCCAUGUGGGUCUAUGUGUUUCUGGGGAACGUCUUACGUGGAAUAGGAGAGACACCAGUACAGCCACUGGGAAUCUCCUACAUCGAUGAUUAUGCACAAUCUGAAAACGCAGCUUUCUAUAUUGGCUGUGUCCAGACCAUCUCAAUCAUCGGGCCGGUCUUUGGAUACUUACUGGGUUCUCUGUGUGCGAAGAUCUAUGUGGACGUUGGAUAUGUGGACAUGGAGAGUGUCACCAUCACCCCUAGCGACGCCCGGUGGGUCGGCGCUUGGUGGCUGGGCUACCUCAUCGCCGGGGCCAUCACCCUCAUGUCCGCUGUGCCCUUCUGGUUCCUGCCCAAGUCUCUGCCCAUGCCCCUUGAGAAGCACGAUGCCAGCUGCACCCCAGAGCAGGCCAGGUUCAUCAGGGACUCGCCCACCAUGCAGCACAAGUUCAGGCCAGAGGAACCUGCCAACUUCCAUGUGAUGGCCAAAGAAUUCAUUCCAACGUUGAAAACUCUUCUAGGGAAUCCGUUAUACGGCAUUUAUCUGUGCGUGACCAUUAUACAAUUCAACUCGCUCAUUGGCAUGGUAACCUAUAAACCCAAGUACAUCGAGCAACAUUACGGCCAGUCUGCCUCGAAGGCAAACUUUCUCAUGGGCAUGAUCAACAUCCCCGCCGUUGCUCUGGGGAUGUUCUCUGGGGGUGUGAUCAUGAAGAAGUUCAAGAUGGGCAUCAUGGGAGCGGCCAAGUUUGCCUUUGGGACCUCCCUGUUGGGGUACUUCCUGUCCCUCUUCUUCUUCACCCUGGGCUGUGAGAACGCCAAGGUGGCAGGAAUCACUGUGUCUUACACCGGGGUGGAGAGCUUGUCCUACCACGAGAGCUCUCAGUUCUCGGAGUGUAACUCCGGCUGUCUGUGUUCCGGGAAGGAUUGGGACCCCGUUUGUGGUGAAAACGGCAUCACCUACGUGUCGCCCUGUCUGGCUGGCUGCUCAUCGUCUUCUGGCUCCGGCAAAACCACGGUUUUCGACCAGUGCAGAUGUGUGGCGUCUGCAGGCUCUCACACAGCAAACCUGACGGCAGCUCUGGGACACUGUCUCCACAGGGACAACUGUGACAAAGUGUUCCCCUACUUCCUGGCUCUCUCUGUGCUCAGCUCCUUCAUCAUCUCGCUGGGAGGAACGCCCGGCUUCGUGCUGCUCAUCAGAUGUAUGAAGCCAGAAUUGAAAUCCCUCGCCCUUGGUGUUCACACGUUGGCUACUCGAACCCUUGCUGGAAUCCCAGCCCCAAUCUACUUUGGGGCCAUCAUUGACACCACCUGUCUGAAGUGGGGAUACAAGCGAUGUGGAGGAAGAGGAGCGUGUAGGAUAUACAACACGACAGCAUACAGGAUAUUGUACCUGGGACUGACACUGGGCCUGAGAACAUUGUCCUUCUUCCUGUGCAUCCUGGGGUUCUCUUUACUCAAGAGACAUAUCAAGGAAGAGGAGAAAAAAGCCCUGGCCAAUGGGAACAGAGAGUCAGAGUUGCUGAGGAAGGAGGAGAGCAACUCAAUACAUUGUGAGCAGUUUCUACGGGUGUUGGACUUCAACCCUGACAGGGAGACACGCCUGUGAUCCCCCCCAGACCGUGUGUCCUCCCUGGGGCCUCCCUGGGGCCUCCCUGGGGCCUCCCUGGGGCCUCCCUGGGGCCUCC